AUAUUACAUUUUUAAAAUGAAGUUGGCGGUUCUCCUUCUAUUCGUAUUGGAUUUUUCUAAUAUUAUUAAUACCCUAACUGAUUUGCCAGUAUUCAACCAUGGACUUCCAGGAAUUUCAGUCAAGACUCCUUUGAAUAUUGCCCAUAGAGGAGCGUCUGGGGAACGGCCUGACCAUACAGAAGUCUCAUACAAAUUAGCUAUUGAACAGGGAGCGCACUUUAUCGAAUGUGAUAUUUGUCUAUCAAAAGACUUAGUUCCAGUUUGCCAUCAUGAUUGUUAUUUAAAUGCGACAACUGACGUUCAUUCUUAUCCUGAAUUUCACAACAAAUCUAACUAUCAUGAUAUACCAGGUUUAGGGUUUCCAGCGAGAGAUUAUUACACAGUUGACUUCACUUGGCAAGAGUUGAGAAGAUUGAAAAUAAAGAGAAAAUCGUCAUCUGGGAGAAAUCCUAAUUAUAAUCUACGAUAUAGAUUUCUUAGUUUAGAAGAUUAUAUUUCAAUAGCUCAAAAUGCGUCAAGAACAAUUGGAAUCUAUCCCGAAUUAAAAGCUUCUGCUUGGCAUAAUGAAGUUCUGAAAGAUGAAUUAUUAAACAGUCAGAAUACGUCUUUUGAAAAGAUAGUUGUUAAAAUCUUACACGACCAUGGAUACGAUGGAGAAAAGAGACCGUGCUAUUUACAAAGUUUUGAAGAAGAAACUGCUGAAGAAUUAUCAAAGUUAACAAAGAUUCCCGUUAUAUUCUUAACACCACUGCCGCUUAUUACUGACUUCUUUCUGGACAGUCUUUCAAAAUAUGCAGCUGGUGUUGGUGUAACAAAGGCCGCCGUAUUUUUUGGAGGUGGUUCAAAAAUAUCGACUGGAGAAUCAACUGGUUUAGUAAAACGAGUUCACGAUAAAAAUAUGAAAGUUCAUGUAUGGACAUUUACGGUUGAAGAUCGUUCUAUUCCUUGGAUAUAUGGGGACGAUGUAAGAAGACAGUACGAUGCCUAUAUUAAGGAGAAAGUUGACGGCCUAUUUACAGAUUAUCCAUAUGGAUUAAGAGAGCAUUUAGAUUACCGAUACAAGAAAGAUGAAGAAGUGAAAUGCGAAGGAAAUUCUUUAUCAUUACACUUCCUUUCCUCUUUCCUUUCUAUAUGGCUUAUAAACAAAGUCUUAUAUUAA